AAACCUGGUGAGGCAAACAGCGAGAUCUGUUUGUGUGUAACCUAGCCGUGCUCUCGCACUCGGCGUCGAUAUACCUAGGGAUGGCGCCGAUCCACGCGGAAGUGCGCGCCCCCAUCGAUCGGCCGCUCCCGCCGUCCCCUCCGCCUGCGCCACGCGCUCCCGCAGCCCACCAAAAGCACCAGUAGCAGCCAAGCGCCGCCAUGGCCGUCCGCAAGCGGCCUGCCGCCGUCCACGCCCGCGCGACGACCACCAAAGGCUGCAAGAGGAGGCGCAUCCGGAUCGGCAGCACCGAGGACUACGAGUUCGACGACACGCCCUGCCUCGGCAAGGGCAGCUUCGGCACCGUCGUCAGGGUGCGCCACCGCGCCACCGGCAGGACCGUCGCGAUCAAGUUCCCCUGCGGCUCCGAGGACCCCGCCGACGCCGCAGCCGAGCUCCGGCGCGAGGCCGGCUUCCUCACGGCCUGCGCCGGGAACCCUUACGUCGUCGGCUCCCACGGCCUCGUCUGCGACCCGGCCACCCCAAGGCUCGGGCUCGCCAUGGAGUACGUCGCCGGGCCGAGCCUCCACGCUUUCUUGCGGGAGAGGGCGCCACUCCCGGAGCCCAUCGUGUGCGCCUACAUGUGGCGGCUGCUCACCGGCGCCGAGAAGAUGCACAGGCUCGGCAUCGUCCACCGCGACCUCAAGCCAUCCAACGUCCUCGUCGGGAAAGGGGGAAAGAUCCUCAAGAUUUGCGACCUGGGACUCGCCAUGUCCCUGCGCACGGCCGACCGGACGCGGUGCAGCGACGCCGGCACGCUGCCGUACAUGGCGCCCGAGGUGCUCCUGGGGAAGCCGGACUACGACGCGGGGGCGGACACGUGGUCGCUCGGGUGCGUCAUGGCCGAGAUACUCACCGGCAGGCCGCUGUUCAAGGGCGACGUGAGAAGGGACGAUGCGGUACGUCAGCUCCGCACUAUCUUCCGCGUCCUCGGCUCGCCGGACGACAGGACGUGGCCAGAGUUCACGUCGCUGCCGCUCGCCGGCGCGGUGCAUAGAUCGGUCCAGUUCCGGGAGCAGCAGCGCAGCACGCUGGGAGACCUCUUCCCCGCGGAGAUGCUGUCCGAGGACGGCUACCAGGUCCUCAAAGGGCUUCUUGAGUGCAACCCCGGCAAGCGGCUGACGGCGGCCGCCGCGCUCCAGCUCCCGUGGUUCAUGCCUGAGAUCGACGUCGGCACCAACACGGACGACGCGUUCAUCCCGCCGGCAACGCCCAAGGAGGAGAAUCUGCUAAGGAUCCCACUUGAGAUGUGGAAGAAUGCGCAACGGCCUGAGUGUGCUUGAAGCAAUGGAGCCAUGUAGAUGCUCGAAGAAUACGCACUUGUUUUUGUAACUUCGAUCGUAUGUAUAUGUGUAUGUCACCAUGUCUGGGAGUAGAAGUUGUAUCUCUAUCUCCCAAUGAAACAUUCUCUGGUAUCCUCUAUUAGCAUAUGCACUCAAAUUCCUUUCUUAAUUUAGAUCAUAGGAGGGUUCAAGCCCAACCCACUAUAUAGCUGAGGAUGAACUGAAGAAACCUUGUAGAAUUGUAAAAACUUUGGAAAGUGCAAAGAAGAUACCGAAUCAUUUUGAAUUUAUGUCAAGUUACAGAUUACAACGCGUCACUGAGAAA